AUGCCCGCUGUCUGCCUCCUCCCACUGCUCUUCCUUGCCGUCGGGGGGGCCCUGGGCAGCAGCAGGCCCUUCCGUGCCUUUGUGGUGACAGACACCACGCUCACCCACCUGGCCGUGCACCGAGUGACUGGGGAGGUGUUUGUGGGUGCAGUAAACCGAGUCUUCAAGCUGGCCCCCAACCUGACCGAGCUGCGGGCCCACGUCACGGGGCCCGUGGAAGACAACGCUCGCUGCUACCCACCUCCCAGCAUGCGCGUGUGUGCCCACCGCCUGGCACCUGCGGACAACGUGAACAAGCUGCUGCUCAUAGACUAUGCGGCCCGCCGCCUGGUGGCCUGUGGCAGCAUCUGGCAGGGCAUCUGCCAGUUCUUGCGCCUGGAUGACCUCUUCAAGCUGGGAGAGCCCCACCACCGCAAGGAGCACUACCUGUCGGGGGCCCAGGAGCCCGACUCCAUGGCUGGCGUCAUCGUGGAGCAGGGCCAAGGGCCCAGUAAGCUGUUCGUGGGCACCGCUGUUGACGGCAAGUCAGAGUACUUCCCCACCCUGAGCUCCCGCAAGCUCGUCGGCGACGAGGACAGUGCGGACAUGUUCAGUCUGGUGUACCAGGACGAGUUUGUCUCCUCUCAAAUCAAGAUCCCCUCAGACACACUGUCCUUGUACCCCGCCUUUGACAUCUACUACAUCUAUGGCUUUGUGAGCGCCUCCUUUGUGUACUUCCUGACGCUGCAGCUGGACACCCAGCAGACGCUGCUGGACACGGCGGGCGAGAAGUUCUUCACGUCGAAGAUCGUGCGCAUGUGCACGGGGGACUCGGAGUUCUACUCGUACGUGGAGUUCCCCAUCGGCUGCUCCUGGCGCGGCGUGGAAUACCGCUUGGUGCAGAGCGCCCACCUGGCCAAGCCCGGCCCGCUGCUGGCCCAGGCCCUGGGUGUGCCGGCCGACGAGGACGUCCUCUUCACCAUCUUCUCCCAGGGCCAGAAGAACCGGGCCAGCCCCCCUCGGCAGACCAUCCUCUGCCUCUUUACCCUCAGCAACAUCAACGCCCACAUCCGGCGCCGCAUCCAGUCCUGCUACCGUGGGGAGGGCACGCUGGCCCUGCCCUGGCUGCUGAACAAGGAGCUUCCCUGCAUCAACACCCCCAUGCAGAUCAACGGGAACUUCUGUGGGCUGGUGUUGAACCAGCCACUGGGCGGCCUGCACGUGAUCGAGGGGCUACCCCUGCUGGCCGACAGCACCGAUGGCAUGGCCAGCGUGGCCGCCUACACCUACCACCAGCAUUCUGUGGUGUUCAUUGGCACGCGCAGCGGCAGUCUGAAGAAGGUGCGGGUGGAUGGCUCCCAGGACGCCCACCUGUAUGAGACGGUCCCUGUGGUGGACGGGAGCCCCAUUCUCCGAGACUUGCUCUUCAGCCCCGACUACCUGCACAUCUACCUCCUGAGUGAGAAGCAGGUGAGCCUGCUCCCGGUGGAGACCUGCGAGCAGUACCUGACCUGCACUGCCUGCCUAGGCUCGGGGGACCCACACUGUGGUUGGUGCGUGCUGCAGCACAGGUGCUGCCGUGAAGGGGCCUGUCCAGGUGCCUCUGCCCCACAUGGCUUUGCAGAGGAGCUAAGCAAGUGCGUCCAGGUGCGGGUCCGGCCCAACAAUGUGUCAGUGACAUCGCCUGGGGUGCAGCUGACUGUAGCCAUGCGCAACGUGCCAGACCUCAGCGCGGGUGUGAGCUGUGCCUUUGAGGAGGUGACAGAGAGCAAGGCCAUCCUGCUCCCCUCUGGCGAGCUGCGCUGCCCCUCGCCCUCCCUCCAGGAGCUCCAGGCUCUCACCAGGGGGCACGGGGCCACCCGCACUGUGCGGCUGCAGCUGCUGUCCAAGGAGACGGGCGUGAGGUUUGCUGGGGCUGACUUUGUCUUCUACAACUGCAGCGUCCUCCAGUCGUGCAUGUCCUGUGUCGGCAGCCCUUACCCCUGCCACUGGUGUAAGUACCGCCACGUGUGUACCAGCCACCCGCAUGAGUGCUCCUUCCAGGAGGGCAGGGUCCACAGCCCUGAGGGCUGUCCUGAGAUCCUGCCCAGCGGGGACCUCCUGAUCCCUGUCGGCGUCAUGCAACCUCUUACCCUGCGGGCGAAGAACCUGCCGCAGCCCCAGUCGGGCCAGAAGAACUACGAGUGCGUGGUCCGGGUGCAGGGGCGGCAGCAGCGGGUGCCAGCCGUGCGUUUUAACAGCAGCAGCGUGCAAUGCCAGAACGCCUCGUACUCCUAUGAAGGCGAUGAGUAUGGUGACACUGAGCUGGACUUCUCUGUGGUCUGGGAUGGAGACUUCCCCAUCGACAAGCCUCCCAGCUUCAGAGCCCUCCUUUACAAGUGCUGGGCCCAGCGGCCCAGCUGCGGCCUCUGCCUCAAGGCUGACCCCCGCUUCAACUGUGGCUGGUGCAUCUCGGAGCACAGGUGCCAGCUGCGGGCCCACUGCCCGGCCCCCAAGACCAACUGGAUGCACCCGAGCCAGAGGGGUGCCCGGUGCAGCCACCCCCGCAUCGCCCAGAUCCACCCGCUCAUGGGGCCCAAGGAGGGAGGUACUCGGGUCACCAUCGUGGGCGAGAACCUGGGCCUCGCCUCCCGGGAGGUGGGCCUACGGGUGGCCGGUGUGCGGUGCAACUCCAUCCCUGCCGAGUACGUCAGUGCCGAGAGGAUCGUGUGUGAGAUGGAAGAGUCGCUGGUGCCCAGCCCACCGCCGGGGCCCGCGGAGCUGUGUGUGAGCGACUGCUCCGCUGACUUCCGCACGCAGUCGGAGCAGCUCUACAGCUUUGUGACCCCGACGUUUGACCGAGUGAGUCCCGGCCGGGGCCCGGCGUCAGGGGGCACGCGGCUCACCAUCUCUGGCAGCUUUCUGGAUGCUGGCAGCAGGGUCAUGGUGACCGUGAGAGAUGGCGAGUGCCAGUUUGUGAGGAGAGAUGCUGAGGCGAUCGUGUGUAUCUCGCCUGUCUCCACCCUGGGCCCCAGCCAGGCCCCCAUCACCCUUGCCAUCGACCGAGCCAACAUCUCCAGCCCUGGAGUCAUCUACACAUACACUCAGGAUCCCACUGUCACUCACCUCGAGCCCACCUGGAGCAUCAUUAAUGGAAGCACUGCCAUAACUGUGAGUGGGACCCACCUUCUGACAGUCCAGGAGCCCCGGGUCCGGGCCAAGUACCGUGGCAUCGAGACCACCAAUACUUGCCAGGUGAUCAAUGACACUGCCAUGCUUUGCAAGGCCCCUGGCAUCUUUCUCGGGCGGCCCCAGCCGCGGGCCCAAGGCGAGCACCCUGACGAGUUUGGCUUCCUGCUGGACCACGUGCAGACGGCCCGCUCCCUCAACCGCUCCUCCUUCACCUACUACCCCGACCCCAGCUUUGAGCCGCUCGGGCCCUCUGGCGUCCUGGAUGUCAAGCCCGGUUCCCACGUGGUGCUGAAGGGCAAGAACCUGAUCCCCGCCGCAGCCGGCAGCUCCCGCCUCAACUACACGGUGCUGAUCGGAGGCCAGCCGUGCGCACUCACCGUCUCGGACACGCAACUCCUGUGCGACUCGCCCAGCCAGACGGGCCGGCAGCCUGUCAUGGUGCUGGUGGGUGGCCUGGAGUUCUGGCUGGGCACCCUGCACAUCACGGCCGAGCGAGCACUGACCCUGCCGGCCACGGUAGGGCUGGCGGCUGGGGGCGGGCUGUUGCUGCUGGCCAUCACCGCUGUGCUAGUCGCCUACAAACGCAAGACUCAGGACGCAGACCGCACACUCAAGCGGCUCCAGCUACAGAUGGACAACCUGGAGUCCCGCGUGGCCCUAGAAUGCAAGGAAGCUUUUGCAGAGCUGCAGACGGACAUCAACGAGCUGACGAACCACAUGGACGGGGUGCAGAUCCCUUUCCUGGACUACCGGACCUAUGCCGUGCGCGUGCUCUUCCCGGGCAUUGAAGCCCACCCGGUGCUCAAGGAGCUGGAUACACCCCCCAAUGUCGAGAAGGCUCUGCGCCUCUUUGGGCAGCUGCUGCACAGCCGCGCCUUCCUGCUGACCUUCAUCCACACGCUGGAGGCCCAGAGCAGCUUCUCCAUGCGUGACCGUGGCACUGUGGCCUCGCUCACCAUGGUGGCCCUGCAGAGCCGGCUCGACUACGCCACGGGGCUGCUCAAGCAACUGCUGGCAGACCUCAUAGAGAAAAACCUUGAGAGCAAGAACCACCCCAAGCUACUACUGCGCAGGACCGAGUCAGUGGCUGAGAAGAUGCUUACCAACUGGUUCACAUUCCUGCUGCACAAGUUUCUGAAGGAGUGCGCAGGGGAGCCGCUCUUCCUGCUGUACUGUGCCAUCAAGCAGCAGAUGGAAAAGGGCCCCAUAGAUGCCAUCACCGGCGAGGCGCGCUACUCCCUGAGUGAGGACAAGCUCAUCCGGCAGCAGAUUGACUACAAGACGCUGACCCUGCACUGUAUGUGCCCGGAGAGUGAGGCUAGUGCCCAGGUCCCGGUGAAGGUUCUCAACUGCGACAGCAUCACCCAGGCCAAGGACAAGCUGCUGGAUGCUGUGUACAAGGGCAUCCCGUACUCCCAGCGCCCCAAAGCUGAGGACAUGGACCUGGAAUGGCGCCAGGGCCGUAUGGCCCGCAUCAUCCUACAGGAUGAAGAUGUCACUACCAAGAUUGAGUGUGAUUGGAAGAGAGUCAACUCGCUGGCUCACUACCAGGUGACAGAUGGUUCCUUGGUGGCACUGGUACCCAAACAAGUGUCUGCCUAUAACAUGGCCAACUCCUUCACUUUUACCCGCUCCCUCAGCCGCUACGAGAGCUUGCUCCGCACGGCCAGCAGCCCUGAUAGCCUCCGCUCGCGGGCGCCCAUGAUCACACCUGAUCAGGAGACGGGCACCAAACUGUGGCACCUGGUGAAGAACCAUGACCACGCCGACCACCGAGAGGGGGAUCGUGGCAGCAAGAUGGUCUCAGAGAUCUACCUGACGCGACUGCUGGCCACCAAGGGCACGCUGCAGAAGUUUGUGGAUGACCUCUUUGAAACUGUGUUCAGCACGGCCCACCGGGGCUCAGCUCUGCCCCUGGCCAUCAAGUACAUGUUCGACUUCCUGGACGAGCAGGCUGACCAGCGUCAGAUCAGCGACCCCGACGUGCGCCAUACCUGGAAGAGCAACUGCCUGCCCCUGCGCUUCUGGGUGAACGUGAUCAAGAACCCGCAAUUCGUGUUCGACAUCCACAAGAACAGCAUCACGGAUGCCUGCCUGUCCGUAGUGGCCCAGACCUUCAUGGACUCCUGCUCCACGUCAGAGCACCGCCUGGGCAAGGACUCGCCCUCCAACAAGCUGCUCUAUGCCAAGGACAUCCCCAACUACAAGAGCUGGGUGGAAAGGUACUACCGAGACAUAGCAAAGAUGGCAUCCAUCAGUGACCAAGACAUGGAUGCCUACCUGGUGGAGCAGUCCCGCAUCCAUGCGAGUGACUUCAAUGUCCUAAGCGCUCUCAGUGAGCUCUACUUCUACGUCACCAAGUACCACCAGGAGAUUCUUACCGCUCUGGACCGAGAUGCCUCUUGUUGGAAGCAUAAGUUGCGCCAGAAGCUGGAACAGAUCAUCAGCCUCAUGUCCUCCAACAGCUAA